CAUACCGCAGUGAGGCAGCCGGCGGAGCUUCAGCUUCAUUCACUCACAGCAACCUGAGGCGACUUUACAUAACUCCACAACGGCGCAGAAAAGACGCAUAUCUCCUCAGAACCGGACCCGAACCGAUCGGAUUAUCACUUCUCAGAUCUGUCAUUUUUCACUUUCACUUGCCAUGUGUCAGGUCAGAUGACCGGUUUCCUGAGUUUUGACCUUUGACCCACUGACCUCCUCCAUGUCAGGUGAGUCUGAGCUGAAGUCUUACCUGUUAGGGGGCGGGUCUGAAGAGGAGGAGGAGGAGAGCGAGUCUCCCUGUGGCGCCAUGUCUCACCUGCACAGUAUGGGCGGAGCCUCCGACGGAAGUGACAGUGGAAACGACCGGCCCAUUUCCCCGAGAUCCCAUCCACCGCUUCAUGAGGAUAUGGAGAUGGGUGGGAACGGCUCGAGCGGGAGCGGCACGGAAUCCCACGGCAACGAGUCCCACGGCAACGAGUCCCACGGCAACGAGUCCGUAGGAAGUUCUAGCGGUAACAGCAAAGACUCUGCUCUGUUAGAAUCAUCAGGCAGCAACAAGAGUUCGAACUCUCAGAGUCCGUCUCCACCGAGCAGCUCGAAUGCCUACAGCCUGGUGAGCUCAGAGCAGGACCAUCCAUCCACCAGUGGCUGCAGCAGUGAGCAGUCAGCAAAGGCCAAGACUCAGAAGGAGCUCUUUAAAACCCUGAAGAAAUUGAAGCUCCACCUGCCUGCUGAGAAACGUAACAAGGGCCGAGCGAGCACGUUACACACACUCCGUUACGCCCUGCGCUGCGUCAAACAGGUCAAAGCUAAUGAGGAAUAUUAUCAGAUGUUGAUGAUAAACGACAGCCAGCCCCCUGGUCUGGACGUUUCCUCAUACACUAUCGACGAGCUCAACAGCAUCACGUCUGAAUACACACUCAAGAACACAGACAUCUUUGCUGUAGCCGUGUCCCUGAUCACGGGGAAGAUCAUAUAUAUAUCGGAUCAGGCGGCAGCGAUCCUGCACUGCAGCAAGGACGAGUUUAAGGACAGGAAGUUUGUGGAGUUUCUGACCCCGCAGGAUGUGAGUGUGUUCUACAGCUUCACCACUCCGUACAGACUGCCCUCAUGGAGCAUGUGCACCGGGGCGGAGUCAUCAGCUACAGAUUUUGUUCAGGAGAAAUCUUUCUUCUGCAGAAUCAGUGGUGGGAAGGAGAAGGAGGGAGAUCUUCAGCAUUACCCGUUCAGGAUGACGCCGUAUCUGAUGAAGGUUCAGGACUCUGAACUGUCUGAGGAACAUUUCUGCUGCCUCAUACUGGCUGAGAGAGUACACUCAGGAUACGAGGCACCCAGAAUCCCACCGGAUAAAAGGAUCUUCACUACGACACACACACCCAACUGUGUGUUCCAGGAUGUUGAUGAGAGGGCAGUGCCUCUGUUGGGGUAUCUUCCACAGGACCUGAUUGGGACCCCAAUUCUUCUUCACCUUCAUCCUGAUGACAGACCACUGAUGCUGGCUGUGCAUCGCAAGAUUCUGCAGUACAUGGGUCAGCCGUUCGAUCACUCCUCCGUCCGUUUCUGCACGCGGAAUGGCGAGUAUGUUACCAUAGAUACCAGCUGGUCUAGCUUCGUGAAUCCCUGGAGUCGCAAAGUGUCAUUCGUCAUCGGACGCCACAAAGUGCGCAUGGGCCCUGUGAACGAGGACGUGUUUUCAGCUCCUGCUUACACAGAGGGAAAAAUCAUGGACUCGGACAUCCAGGAAAUCUCGGAGCAGAUCCAUAAAAUCCUGCUGCAGCCUGUACAUUGCAUGGGCUCCAGUGGUUAUGGUAGUCACGGUAGCAACGGUUCCCAUGACCACCUGACCACAUCCAGUGAAAGCAACAGCAAUGGAAGCACUGUAGCGUGUAACAGCAACAACUCUGGCCAUGAGGAGAAGAACAAGAGCAAACCGAGGUCAUUCCAGGAGAUCUGUAAAGGUGUUCAGAUGCUAAAGACACAGGAUCAGCAGGCCUCCACUUCUAAAGCUGACCAGAAGAAAGGCACAGAAACAGGAUCAAAGUGUCCAGGAGUGAAGCAGAAAGACUCUGCCCCAGUGGUAAGAGGUGGUACUGCAGCAGUGGAGGAGCUCAGGGACCAGACCUUAUACUCAUACCAGCAAAUCAGCUGUCUGGACAGUGUGAUUAGAUAUUUGGAGAGCUGUAACACAUCCACGACACCAAAGAGAAAGUACCAGUUCUCUUCUAACACCACCUCCUCCAACUCAGAUGAGGAGAAGAAAGGAUGUGACGGGGCGAUGCCCAGCCUGCAAGGUCCUUUGAAGACCAAUAAGAAGUCUGAUGUAGUGGGCGGGGCUUUAGCUCCUUUGGCCCUGCCCACUAAAGCAGAGAGUGUUGUAUCCAUCACGUCUCAGUGUUCUUACAGCAGCACUAUUGUCCAUGUGGGGGACAAGAAACCACAACCAGAGUCAGAGAUCAUUGAGGACGUUGCCGAGAGCCCCACCCCCCCUGCGCCAGUAAAUGUUAUGACUCCACCCACAGCUGAGCAGGGAGCCUAUAGGAAACUGGGUCUGACUAAACAGGUGCUGGCGGCUCACACGCAGAAGGAGGAGCAGGCGUUCCUGAGUCGCUGCAGAGACCUGAGUCUCACCUCACUGCAGAAAACCUGUACAGACAGACUGGAGAGAGACGGGGAACCCGCUAACGAUGUUCCAUCAGCGACUCGUCCAGCCAAACCCAGCACAUCCGGAGCAGAACCGACCGCAAAAAAGAGCAGCAGAACCAGAAAGUCAAAGAAACCCCGGAUAAGAAAACCCGAAUCGUCGGACAGCGCCGUCUCUCAGCGCAGGCUCCUCCCACCUCUUCAGGGACUGAACCAGACGUCAUGGUCACCAUCAGAGGCGUCUCAGUCUGCUUUCUCGGUGCCGUACCCUGCCAUGGUACCUGGUUACAGUUUUUACCCCACUACACUGCCACCUGCUGGUGACCGCAGGUCAGAUGCCCCAAACACUGAGGCUCCGCCCACUGCUCCACAGUUCCCAGCCCCAAUGGUCACACCGGUGAUGGCAUUUGUUUUACCCAGUUAUAUGUUCCCUCAGCUCAGCAUGCCGGCACGCCCACCUUUCUACCCGGAGCAGCAACCGCAGCCGAACUAUAACAUCCUGCCUCAACAAACACAAACAAACUACACUACCCAGGAGCCUCUGCAGCCUCAACAGUCUUACACGGUCCAGCAGCCGCUUACUCCCCAACAUGUUUACAUUUCCCAGAAUCCCUUUCAGCCCCAAGCCCCAUUCACCCCCCCACAGCCGUUCCAGAUGCAGCUCCUUCCACAGACACCGCUCCCAUACCGGAUGACCUCUGACUCCAGGCUUCCUGUUCCCGAAUCUGCCGAGGUUCCUUCCUCGUCUCCUCUGUCCCGCUCUCCGCCGCUGUUCGGCUCUCACUGCAGCUCUCCAUUACAGCUUGACCUGCUGCAGCUGGAGGAAAAGGCGGACUCGCACAGCACUGCACCACCCUCAGGAUCCCGGGGGAACUGCAGCUCAACACAGGAGAAAAGCAGUGGUGCCACUGACAUGCAGCAGGCUUGUUGUGUUGAAGACGGAGUUCCGAGUGAUGCCCUCUCCUCGUCCAGUGAGCUGAUGGAGCUGCUGAUGCAGGAGGAUUCAGGAUCGGCCACAUCCACCUCCACAGGCUCCGCCUCCAACGGCUGCAACACCUCCAACAGUGGCACAGGGAGCAGCAAAUAUUUUGGAAGUGUGGAUUCUUCUGAGCACGAGCACAAGGAACAAAGGAAAGAAGAUGGAGAAAACUUCAAAUAUGUCCUGCAGGAUCCUCUCUGGCUGCUCAUGGCCAACACGGAUGAGAAAAUCAUGAUGACGUAUCAGGUGCCAUCACGGGACAUGGAGAAGGUGUUACGGGAGGAUCGAGAGCGUUUGCGGCAGCUGCAGAAGAAUCAGCCUCGUUUCACCUCAGAUCAGAGACGAGAGCUCGUGGAGCAGCACCCGUGGAUGAGACGAGGAGGUUUACCUAAAGCCAUCAAUGUUAAGGAUUGUCUGUAUUGCGAGAACGACACCAGCACUAUGUUAGAAGACGAAAUGCCUGAAAUGGACCUCGGCAUUCUGGGAGCAGACGUGGUGCCAGAAGAGAGCAUGUCUCACGGACAGGAAGAGGAGGAGCAUCCCUUAGACUGUGUUUCCUAGCAACUCCUGAAAACGUAACGACGAGCUUGCUUUCAGAGAAUGGGAUCUUCUGUCUCACACUACACAAACACACACUACACAAACACACACUACACAAACACACUACACACACUAUGCACACACACUACACACAAACAUUACACUGCCCAGACUUCUUUUUAUGCCAAAUAACCACAGUAUACCUUUAACUCUUUGCAUGUGUGUGGAGUGUGAGUGUGUGUGUGUGUGUGUGUGUGUGUGAGAGACUCUUCUGAGCCUCCAGAUCUAUUAAUUAACAUUAAGACACUGUGAUAUGAGCAACGAUCAGAAUGUUUGUUAGAACUGGCGUGACGGAAAAAUAGAAUUAAAUUAAAAUAAAUGAUUAAAUGUGAACAGAUUUGAGUAAAGCAGAGUGCAGAGUGUAGGAACUAUAAAGCUGUGUUUAUUAUUCACACCACAAAACUUUUACACACAGGACCAGGAAAUACUUUGUCUUUUGGCAGGUUUAGGUUUUUUAUGUUACUCCUUUAGAUUUCAUGUUUAUGUUUAUGUUUAUGUUUAUGUUUAUGUUUAUGUUUAUGUUUGUUAUGUUUAUGUUGAUCACUUCUGUUACUUCCUGUGUGUGUGUGUGUGUGUGUGUGUGUGAGAGUUUUGUGGUGUAAAGGAUGAAUGAUAAAUAACAGCAUGAGCUCUGCACUGCAUUGUUCAAGUCACAUGACUUUAUUGUUUAUAGUUUAUUUGGUUAACUGGAGUAUAUUUUGGUCUGAAGUGUGAGUGAGAGUCAGAACCUCUUUACACUGUGAAAGUUCUUCAUUUCUGACCAGUCAGAAAUCAGAUUUUUUCUUUUUUUAUUAAUAAUAAAUGUAGCUGUAGAUUUGCUUGAUUGUGGGAGGACAACAUGUGAAGUUCAGAAGGUGUGUCUAUGCAGGGCCUGUGUGUGUGUGUGUGUGUGUGUGUGUGUGUGUGUGUGUGUGUGUGUGUGUGGCCUACAUACUCUACACACUGAGUGAUUAACACACUCCAGGACUGAGUUUAAUCCAGUUACGGCUCUAAACAUGGAGACAAUCAGAAUCGGCCAAUCAGCUUCCAGCUCUAAAGGAAGUGUUUACUGUGUUCAGCUCUCUGUUUCUGUGCUGCUUCUAAACUCGUCCACGUCCUCGAACACCUCAAGACCUCGAGACAAAACUCACAGCUGCUCAUCUUACUGAGAAACAGUAAAGAAGUGUAAUCUCCUCUGUCCUGAAGACGGAGAGAACUUCCAGCUCCAGCAUCACCUCUGACUGAUACACUGUACUGACUGGAGACUCCUUACACACACACACACACACACACACACACACACAGCACUGACGCUGGAGACUUCUUCAAAGAUAUCACCAAAUCAGCGAUGACGCACGUUAUUAAUCUGUUUAUUAUCAGUGGAGUGUGUGUGCUGUACACGUCUCUGUUACUAUGGAAACGACAAGGUACAGUAAUAUAAAGCUGCGCUACAGUCAGAUCUGCUGUUAAAGAAUAACCACCUGAUCCACCAAUCACUCCUCUGGGUAAUUUGUCUCAUAUCACAAACAUUUAUACUGUUUUUGUUUGUAGUUUUGUCUGAACCGUGAUUCAGGGACCUGAGGGGAAGUGGACGAGUGUGUCUUAUAAACAGCAUUAAAAAGAAAGCCAAGAAAAUGUACAGAAUGGAUGUACAGUUGUGGCGUAAAUGGACCAAAUCUCUCUCUCUCUUUUUACAACUCUCAUUUCUCUGUACCUGGCAGUGAAACAGAGAUGCUCCCAGUUACACACUUUAUUUCCACUCCUGAGUUCUGUUGUUGUUUGUUUUAUAAAACGGGUAUUAAACUGGGAAAGUGAACGUGAA